AUGGGAUAUCGUUUCCAAAUGUACUCGUCCUCCAAGAGACGCCACAGAAAAUCAGCGAGCGACCCUGUUCCAAGGAUACCUUCACGUCGCCACCUGCAAGGCGACCGGCUCCUUUCAGUUCCUUCUGGUCUUGGGAACUCCCAACCUCCUGGCAGACUGGGCCUCAACGACGAUUUAACUGCUUAUCUCUCGAAAAUCCGGAACCUAUGCGGUCCUGACCCUUCACACCUAACCGUCUAUGAAGUUCCAGCCAUAACAAACCUCCCUAUUCCAGACCACCCUCUACCAGGUCCAACGGUAUACAGUGGUGCGGACCUCCACCGUUCCACCAACACAUGUGAAUCGGCAUUAAACGCGACAGUCUCCAACGAUGUCGAAGUUCAAGAAGAUGCUUCUUGGCUGUUGGCGCCCGACGCAGAGAUAUACGGAGACUUCCCCAAUGCUCAAGGAAUGGCCUAUGGGAACAAUCUUCUUGCAGAUGCAACACCGUAUAGCGGUCUUGAUUCUCGAGGAACGGGCAAUCUGGAAGACUUCACUGCAGGCACAGCAGACUUCAACAGCGGGAGUCUUUGCUGCACGUCUUAUCCAUACCCAACCUCGUUUAACACGACCAAUUUCAACAGCUUCGAAUCUUCGACCUUCGCUCCUUCUUACACCCACACUCCUGUCUACUUCGACCAAAGCAUGGGCAACUUCAUAGGUCCUGGGUCUUCAGACAUCCCCACUCCUACAGACAGCUUCAGUCAAUGGCAUAUCGCUCCCAAUACGAGCUUUUCCACAUCCCUUGAGAGUCCAGGCAUCCCCGAUCUUUCACACAGCUCCACCGCACACUGUCCGACUCGGAACAUGACAUAUCUCACCAGCCUUGGACCUUCAGGCACUUCCUCUUCAACUUCAUUCAUUCCUGAGAUCAGCGAAUCCUACAACUUUGAGCACUCUUCUACUUCCCGUCACCGUUAUCUCGCUCCGAAUGUGAACAAUGCCGGCGGUGUCGACCCUUUCGACACCUCCACUUCAUGCCAUCUGUUUAGAAACACGACCAAUCUCCAAGGCCCCGAGCCCUCCGAAAUUUCGCUCCCACGCCCUUUCGUUCCAGACGCAACCAACAUCGAUGGGUUCGAACCUUCGAACAUCUCCGUGAGGGACGAGAUUGUGACAGAGGAUAUAUGGUCUCUUUUCACGACCUUUAAUGAUGGUUCCCAAUUUCUUUCAGAAAAUUGCGAGAUAGGUGGUUCCAUUGCUCUCGACGCACCAGACGUCAACAACCUACAUGUUCCAGACGCUUUAGAGUCCGUCGCUGGACCGUAUAGUACAGGUCACCCCGUCAGAGACACCGGCUCAGUUGAAAUAUCUCAGCCGCGGAACGAAGGUCGUCAACGAAGAAGAUCCAAAGGUCUGCCGGCAGGGCCGGAACCGCGGCAGAACAAUCAACAGAGAAAGAAGGCAAAUCCUAACGGCGUUCAGAGAAAGCCCAGCUCAAAGAGACGCAGAUUCGACCCAAAAUUCCGCUACUUCUGCACCCGUCCAGAGUGCAAAUACUCUCUAGAACACGGUUCCGAAGGAUUUCCCUCGGAACACAACGCAGUGCGGCAUGGGGGAACUCAUUCACCUGAGAAACCGUACGUCUGCCCGUUGUCUCAUACGAACGGCGAUGCCCGGUUUCGCCGGCCGGAUAGUCUUAAAAGCCACAUCAAAAAGCGACAUAGCGACAGAAACCUUGAAGAUCCGUACAUCAAGUCCAUCCUGUCAAAGAGGUACGAGCUGCCGCAGGUCAAAGACGGGAAGAAUGUCAUCAUUGUGAAGAUGCGUGACUAG